GUGUUUCGUGGGGCGGGGGGGCAGCGCGGGGUCGUGCGACGCGUGCUCGCACCCCUCCCACUGGAGCGAGGGCCCCUCGCGCUAAGCCUCAGUUUCCUCACUUUGCAGCGGCUGAGCGCGCCCCGCACGGGGUACCCGGCGCCCUGCCUCGCAGCCCCACUGCCGGGUUGGGCGGGGAGGGGCUUGGGGAACGCCCACCGCCCCAGACGGUGCGAGACUGACCCUCCCGUUCCCAGGGCCCCAGCGCAGGCCGGGAUGUUUGUCCUGGUGGAGAUGGUGGACACCGUGCGGAUUCCCCCGUGGCAGUUUGAGAGGAAGCUCAACGACUCCAUUGCCGAGGAGCUGAACAAAAAGUUGGCCAACAAGGUCGUGUACAACGUGGGGCUCUGCAUCUGUCUGUUUGACAUCACCAAGCUGGAGGAUGCCUACGUGUUCCCAGGGGACGGCGCGUCGCACACCAAAGUCCAUUUUCGCUAUGUGGUGUUCCAUCCCUUCCUGGACGAGAUUCUGAUUGGCAAGAUCAAAGGCUGUAGCCCGGAGGGAGUGCACGUCUCUCUAGGGUUCUUCGAUGACAUUCUCAUUCCCCCCGAGUCGCUGCAGCAGCCAGCCAAGUUCGACGAGGCAGAGCAGGUGUGGGUGUGGGAGUACGAGACCGAGGAAGGAGCGCACGACUUGUACAUGGACACCGGCGAGGAGAUCCGCUUCCGGGUGGUGGACGAGAGCUUUGUGGACACGUCCCCCACGGGGCCCAGCUCGGCCGAGGCCACGUCUUCCAGUGAGGAGCUGCCGAAGAAGGAGGCGCCGUACACGCUUAUGGUGGGACGUGCACGGGCCCCGGUGUGGCGGGAGAACCCAGGCGCGGGAGCGGCUUCCUAGGGUGUUGACUGGGGUUCCCCGCCUGGAGCCCCUCUCCCCGCAGGUCAGGGCGCCGGUCCCUGAUGAGUUCUUAGGUGGUCACUUCUCCCUGGGGAGCCUGUUUCGGAAGCCAGGGCAUAACACUGGGAGUGUCAGACUCCGGACGGCAAGAGGGACCGAGCCCUCGCUGGGUGACAAGGCUGCUGAUGAGCAGGCUGAGGGAGAAAGCAAGCGGGGAAGGGGCGUGGGAGCGGGUCAAGCACAAGAGUGGGGCUUCGGGGAGGGGUGACCCUCCGUCGGGGCUGCUCCCACACCCGACCAGGUGUGCGCAUGGGGUGGCAGGGGAGCUGUGACCAGACCUGACCGGGGUUCCCUGGGUCUUCUACCCUCAUGAAGGGACUGUGAUGCAGGACAAAGUAGGACUCAUUUCUGGGGCCUGCUAGGAGGGUUUCCCGGUAUAAUUGUGCUGCAGGUGGUUUGCUUUGGGGGCCGCUGUGCUUUGUCAAAAAUCUGGGUGGCCGAGGGCAUCCCCUCUGCAUGUUUGUGGAGGCUGGGGCGCGGGGUCACUAGGCCUUCCUGG